ACUGUAAUCCUUUUGACAGGCAUUGAUCGGUGUUCAUUGAGUUUGCAUGGCGACUCUGGCAGAAUGAACAGCUUUUAUGACCUUGGCUACGCAACAAAUAUGUUCUGCACUGUGGACAUUACAGUUCCCAAUGGCACUUUUGUCAAGCUGCAAUUUAACUACUUCAAGCUACCGGGGAGCGAGCUGUGUGGCAACAGCUCCCUGACCGUGUACGACGGCGGAGCCCAGCAGCGGGGACAUUCGCUGGGCAGAUUCUGCGGCCAAGCUCUGCCGCCGGGCGUGCGCUCCCUCUCCAACAAUGUGACGCUCGUGUUUCAAGUCUCGGACAACUUCAUGCAAGAAUAUGGCUUCAGUUUGGAGUUCUACAAAGUUGAUCCACUACCAGCCAGCAGAGAAUGUGGCUGGAUCCCCGUAGCAGAGCGCAGAGUGAACAACCGGAUCGUGGGAGGCUACGAAGCAAGGCUCGGAGAAUGGCCCUGGCAAGCAAGCCUGCACAAAUUAAACAGACUGACCUGUGGGGGCUCCCUCCUCAGUGACCGCUGGGUUGUGAGUGCUGCUCAUUGCUUCCAGAGUAACAACCCAAACACCUGGACGGUAUACCUGGGCCUGCACUCUCAGAACGAUCUCAGCGCUUCAACUGUCGUGGCCAGAAGCGUCAACAGAAUCCUCAUCCACGAGCGCUACAACGGAAGCAGCCAUGACUAUGACAUUGCUCUUAUGCAGCUGUCAGAACGUGUUUCCUUCACCGAUUACAUACAGCCAGUUUGCCUCCCACCUCGCUUUCAGAAGUUUCCCUACCCAGGGAAAUCAUGCUUCAUUUCUGGUUGGGGAAAACUUUUUGAAGGUGGCUACACAUCCGACCGGCUUCAGGAGGCUUCAGUAGAGAUCUUCAAGACGUGCGUCACCCCAGGGCCGCAGGCCUACAGCCCAUCUGUAAUCACCAACAGGAUGCUGUGUGCAGGGUACCUCGAAGGAGGGGUGGACACCUGCCAGGGAGACUCUGGGGGUCCCUUGGUUUGCCAGAACUCAAACGGCCGCUGGUACCUCUCUGGAAUCACCAGCUGGGGCUAUGGCUGUGCACGGGCUUACCAGCCAGGUGUUUACAGCAGGGUCACCAAAUUCUUGGACUGGAUUCACCAGAACAUGCAGUAGUCUAUUAUACCGCCCUUCACUGACACAAUACUAUAGAUCAUAGAUUUUAAUGAUGGGCACCGUAAAUCAAAAUAAUUAAUGCAGGCAAUCAAUAUGUAAUAAAAAUACUCAUUGUAAUUUGUUGUUAAAAUGUUCAUUUAUAUCGCUGAAUACUAUAUUUUUAUUACACCAGAAUGUACCAAGGUUUGCAAGUCAAUAGAUGAACAAAGGUUUUGGGUAAAAUCAGACAACUCUGAUAGUUUCUUACAUGGUAUUUUGGUUUUGCAACACCUGUAAUGGGGCCUAGCAGAGCAAAAAUGCAUAUGAUGUGAAAACCAUUUGACCAAGGUGGAAGGGUGAUUGUUGACAUUGGCAGGAGAUGAAUACAGAACUUUCUAUUUUUCAAUGUUGCUUAAUUCUUUCAACAUUGACACAAUGGACAAUUCAUGGACUGUUUAAAAUAUUUGGCCCAACCUGAUUAUACAUGACAGCAAAAUUAAGCGCUAUCUAAACUAUGUACGAUGCAUUUAUAUUAUUAUAUUUUGACCUGGGCCAUCAACUCGCGUCUCUCUUACAUCAAUUGCAAUGGCUGUUGAGCAGUAGGGGUUACUCAGAGGCGAUCUAUAGAUCUUCUAGGGGACGACUGCAAUGAUCGGCGCAUCCAGACGAGAUGAUGCGUUCCACAGGGAGAAUGUACUUUACGGAGGUUGUCUUAGAGUGUGUCCAUGGCAAGGUUGUUGGUGAUUUACCUUCACCUACCCUGGUCAACACAGCCCAUGAGUUUGUGAGUUUUGGUUUACUAACUACAUAAAAAUAAGACUGGUUUUGCACAAGGAGGCUGCAAAAAAAACAAGUUUGUGAUGCAAUUCGCUUAUCACAUGUACAGUCACCUGAGACGCCUCUGUGUAAAUGGCCUGAUAUAAAAACCAUUAUCAUAAUGUGCGAAAUAAAACUAUGGAAAAAUGUAAUGAAGAAAAUACUUCAUGUAAUUAUAUACAAAAAUGAAAAUUUUAAGUGUUUUUGUGGUAUUCCAAAAAUCAUAGCAUAUUUGAUUGGGUAAGAUGGUUUACUAGUUGAGGUGGAAAAUGGCAAUGAUCCUUCAUAAUGUGAAAGACUGAAAGCUGCUCUUAUGAAAUUUUAACUUUCUUUUUAAAAACUGAUUCACACGAAGCGACAUGCUAUUUGCCACACCAAUCCAUAAUAUAUCUGAAGCAUUUGGAAAUCGAUGCAUGCUUAAUAGUAAUCUGGUGAAUAAAGAUUUAAAAUGUGUAAAGUAUAA